UUUAACAUUCAUUCAGUUAUAUUAAUUACCAAAACUAUGCGGAACACAUAGUUUUCUGUUUCGUUGCAUGCUAGGAAAACAAAAUUUGUUAUUAUGUGUGCAUUCAGUGGGCUUUAUACAAUUCUGUAAACGACUAGUGGAUGAGAAAAAUGUGGAUUAAUUUUAUUUUAUUAAUAGUGCACUUAUUCCAUUUCGGUUUUGGCGUUAAACUUGGCACGUGUUACCAGGAUGGCAACUGUCUCUUGCCUUCGUGUUUUUGUGGAGGAAAAAACGCGCCAGGAAAUCUGGAACCGACGGAAAUUCCUCAAAUGAUAAUGUUUUCAUUUGAUGAUGCUGUCACCGGAGAAAUUCAUGAAAUGUAUGACAAACUUUUUUCUCGUGGACGAUUGAAUCCAAACGGAUGUCCUAUUUCUAUGACAAUGUUUGUUUCUCACAAUUUUACGGAUUACAACCUUGUAAAAUCUCUGUUCCGGAGAGGACAUGAAGUUGCUGUCCAUAGUGUUACUCACAAAACUCCAACCACAUUCUGGAAAAAGGCAUCUUACGAUCAGCUUCGAUAUGAAAUUGUGGAACAGCGGAGUAUUAUCGCAGAAAAUGCUAGAAUACCCGUUCGAAACAUUACCGGUUGGCGGAGUCCCUUUUUACAGCCGUCCGGAGACGCACAGUUUGCGUUACUACAAGAAAACGGAUUUGAAUACGAUUCCACAUUAACAAUUGCAACAGAAAAUGGAUUUAGUGCUAAAAGGUGGCCAAACACAAUGGAUUUUGGGUGGCAGUUGGAUUGCAAUGUUCGCCCGUGUCCAUUCGGAAAGUACUCUGGACUAUGGGAGGUUCCAGUUCAGAUGCUAGAGGUGGGAGACUCUGGAAGUGGGUGUCUUUACGCAGAUUCCUGUCGUCCGAAGACGAUGGAGGAAGCAUUCCAGUUGUUUUGGGUCAACUUCCACAACCAUUAUACAGGGUCUCGUUCACCCUUAUUUUUCACUAUGCACCCUUCGUGGUUACGGGAGGAGCAUAACAUGAAAGCCUUGAACUACUUUUUAUUGACUAUAUUACAUUAUUAUCAUGAUGUGUAUUUUGUGACUUAUCAACAGCAUUUAGCGUGGAUGAGAAAUCCUACCCCUCUUUCGGACAUUUUGAGGUUUGCACCCUGGAAAUGCGACCAUUUACGAUUGAUUUCCAACACCGUUGAACAAGACGAUGGUCGAAAUAGUGCGUCAGAGUCUUGCCAUUUUCCAAAACUGUUCCUUGUCUUCUCUACAAUUCCAUUGUUAUAUAGAAAAAUAUUUUUUGGUAUUUAUUUUCCUUUACAUUAAAAGAUAUACUCUAUA